AUGUGCUUUGUCGGAAUGUCUGGUUCCGCUACCUCACCGCGAAAAGGAGUUCGGAAAUCGAUAGGAAAGGCUUGCGAUGAAUGUAGGCGACGAAAGACUAAGUGCAAUGGUGGCUUGCCCUGUGCUAUUUGCAGGAAGUAUGGUGGAACAUGUCACUUCCGAUCUUACGUUCGGCGGCGAAAAAAGGGCAAGGCAUCCUCUUCCCGCGAACAUCAUGUCCCACAGGCGGAGGAAGAUGAAGGAGUCGAAAAAACCUCGGAGGGGACUCAACAACCUCUUUUACCUAGCAUGUUACCCGGCGACGAGCAGUAUGGCGAUCACAUAACAGCUACCGACGACAACAGUUCUCUGACGUCAUCACCUCAACUAUAUUACGGCCCUCCAUCCAAUUUUGCAUUUCUACAACAAAUAUAUCAGCAGCUCAAGCCCAUUGUAAAAGCUCCUUUCAGUAGUACCAACCCUAGAGCGGGUGAUGGUGAUACGGCUCUAGACUGGUUCGGCUAUCGAAGACUGUUUUUUGGGAAUAAGUCUUCUGAUCUUACAUCAAGGAGCUCAACACAGAUGCUGCUUCUGCCGGAACAUCUUGCGAACAGCUUUGUCGACCUUUUUAUAUCAACUCUUGGACCAUUCUUCCCAUUCAUUUCACGGACGCGAAUAGAGGGAAUGCUUCAAAUAUUCUACUCUUUCCCAAAUACCUCGAGCGGUAGCGCUCUAGAGCGCGGUAUCCUUAUGGCUAUUUUAGCUUUAGGAGCGACUUUGACAGAGCACGUGCAAUUAGGGGAAGAUCUAUUUUUAAGAGCAAAGUCUGAAAUGCAUACCAUUGAAGACCUCGUUAAUGUUCAAGCUGUUCAGCUGCCCUUACUAACCUAUGAUUACGCCCACUAUCAAGCAGUAGUUGGACGUAUAAAUUCUGCGUACUUACAUCUCGGCACCGCAGUCCGAAAAGCUCAUGCCGUCGGUCUGCACAGAGCAGCCUCGUCGCUUUCAGUCUCUGAGUUUAAAGAAGAAAGGCUCGAGACAUUCUGGUCUCUGUACUCGUUCGAAUGUAUGACAUCCUUCAGUCUGGGCAGACCGGCGGCCUUGUCCGAGAAUACUAUAUCUUUAGGCUAUCCUACUAAACCAACGUUCUUACGUGCUUGGGUAGAGAUUGCAUCCUUAGCAUCUACAGCGAGUCAUUCUGUCUACAGAUCAGGUGGUAUCCACUUCAAGGCGAACAUUGAAGCCGCUUGGGAUAUACAUCGCAAGUUACAGGCCAUAAAGCUCAGUCUUGAAGACAAGUUGCAAUUUAACUUACAAUCCUCAGCUCAUCCUACUCUUGAACAACUGUUCUCGUCCAAUUUCUACAAUCAUACUCUCAUCCUCACUUUUCGACCAUUCUUGAUCUUUCACAUCAGACAGCAGACUGCUGAAAAAGUGCCGGCUUCGGAGAAUAUUACCCCUCUGUGGCUUCAUAAAGCAUGCCAAGUAGCAGUUUUUGCCGCUCAAGAGCUAAUAGCUUUUGCUAGUAGAGCUGCGAAGGCGAAUUCUUUAAUUAAUAAUUUGAGAUACAACGCUUAUUACAUCGAGAGCGCUUGCUUUGUACUUGUCUGGGAUAUCUUGAGAGAUAAGGAUACCACAGACAAGCACUUUUAUUUUAUCAAAACUGCGCUUCACCAUCUUCGACAGAUGAUAUCCUCGGAGGCCAUUUCAUGCAGUAUUUUCGCUAUUGAGCGGAUGUUGUCUGCAAUAUCACAACCGACAUCCGAGGCUAUAGCAAGUGCUCAUCAAGCCAAAUCUUUACAUUCCGUCCUGGAUAUGGAAAGUCUUGACUCCGAAUUAUUACAACAGCCAUCAACCGAUUGGAUGCUGGACAUCAUAGACUCGCAAUUGAGCGUGGAUGAUGCUGCAUGGGAUUUUAAUUCAUGGCCGCUUGAUCUUGGCCUAUUUGUAUCGUGA